UUGGUUUUUGGUGCGCUGUGUACUAGGAGUUGAGUUUGGUGAGCAAGUCUAAUCUUCAGCGAGUGAGUUCAAAGGGCAAAAGGGGGUGCGCCCAGUAUGUUUUGCGGUGCGCGAAGGAGGAGCGAAUACAAACUUGCCCUAUAAUUAGAGCUGGUUGGUUUGUGUAACCCUAAUAGAAUUCUCCUGCCUGCCGCUUGUUUCUGCGCAUCUCUUCUCUACCUUACGCCGCCCUCAUCUUUCAAGAGUGUGAACAUGGCUCGCCGGAGCUCUGGAAGAUCUGCACGUCCUGUUCCUCGCCGAGCUGCUCCAGCACCAGCUCCUGUAAAGAGUGCACCUCCUGCAGCACCCAUGCAAAGCAGUGGUGGGGGGUCUAUGUUGGGAAACAUUGGAUCUACCAUCGCUCAAGGUAUGGCUUUCGGUACUGGAAGUGCUGUGGCUCAUCGGGCUGUAGAUGCUGUAAUGGGUCCACGCACGGUUCAGCAUGAAAUGGCUGCGGCUCCAACACCUGAGGCUCAAGUGUCAUCCGUAUCCAACAGCUUUGGGGGCUCUGAGGCUUGCAAUAUGCACUCUAAGGCCUUCCAAGAUUGCUUGAAUGCCUCUGGAAAUGAGAUCAGCAAGUGCCAGUUCUACAUGGAUAUGCUGUCCGAGUGCCGCAGGAAUGCAAUGCUAAAUGCGUAGUCAUUUGGCUAUUGUGUCGUUUGCUCUAUGAAAGUGCUCUUGAAGCUUUUACUUUCUAAUAUUGGUGUCAAACUGCACUAUUUGAAUGGUUGGGAAUUCGAUUUGAUUUGAAUGGUUUUAAAUAAACAUUUUAAUAAUACUAUCCUAGUCUGCGUCUUUCGUUUCAUUUGCACUUGUGCUUGUUUUCUGAUUGGAUUAUACUUCCCGUUCUUUAAAACAUGGCCAAGUCUAAGUGCUCUUGAAGCUUUUACUUUUUAAUAUUGGUGUCGAACUGCACUAUUUGAGUGGUUGGGAAUUUGAUUUCAUUUGAAUGGUUUUAAAUAAACAUUUUAAUAAUACUAUUCGAGUCUGUGUCUUUCGUUUCAUUUGCACUAGUGCUUGUUUUCUGACUAGAUUAUACUCUUUCUGUUUUUUAAAACUUGACCAAGUUUGACCGGCACGAGAAUUAAUAAAGUAAAAUUGUG